UCCCGCCGCCUGAGUGGGCGCGGCGCGGGACGGCGGCGCGGGGUGCCGGGAGCCAUGGGCUAUUGCAGCGGCCGGUGCACGCUGGUGGCCGUGUGCGGCGCGCAGCUGGUUUCUGUGCUCGAGAGGCAGAUAUUUGACUUCCUUGGUUAUCAGUGGGCACCCAUCCUCGCAAAUUUUAUACACAUUAUUAUAGUCAUACUUGGCUUAUUUGGAACCAUCCAGUAUAGACCUCGUUACAUAACAGGAUAUGCUGUCUGGCUGGUCCUUUGGGUUACAUGGAAUGUGUUUGUUAUCUGCUUCUAUUUGGAGGCUGGAGACCUUUCAAAGGAAACAGAUCUCAUUCUGACCUUUAACAUCUCAAUGCACCGUUCCUGGUGGAUGGAGAAUGGGCCAGGCUGCACCGUGACCUCAGUAACCCCAGCACCAGACUGGGCACCAGAGGAUCAUCGUUAUAUCACUGUCUCGGGGUGUUUCCUUGAGUACCAGUACAUAGAAGUGGCUCACAGCUCUCUUCAGAUCUUCCUUGCACUGGCAGGCUUCAUCUAUGCCUGUUAUGUUGUGAAGUGUAUUACUGAAGAAGAGGACAGCUUUGAUUUCAUAGGUGGAUUUGACUCUUACGGCUAUCAAGGUCCACAGAAGACAUCUCAUUUACAGCUUCAGCCCAUGUAUAUGUCAAAGUAAACAUGGGUACUACUCAAGGUGGGCUAGAGGACCUGUUCAAAAAUCUCUUUCAGGAUGGCCUCCUGGUUCUUCAAAGAGAAAAGAAAUCCAAUUUUUGUGCUAAAAAUGAUGUAUAAAAGCUGAUUGAACAGUGAGACAGAAAACAACAGAGACCUGCAGCCUCUCUUUCUAACAGGUACUAAAGGAGAUGCUCCAGACUCCCUCCUUGAACCUCCUGCCUCUCAGCACCAGAGGGACACAGCAGAGGCAUCGGUGCCACCUUUUGUCCCUUUUUUCCCCUGGCCACCGCCAGCACGGCCCGUCUGGAUUAAGACAUGAACCCAGCCCACUCAGUGCUGUGGGAGCCUCCUCCACACUCCGGGCUGAGUCUCCUCAGUCAACACAACACUGAAAUACCAGGAUGACCUUGCAGCAGAAGUCAAUAGACAGCGCAUUGUUUGCCCUGAAGGCUGUACAGUUCAUACUUGCCUUAACCCAACUGCGUUGCACAUUAGAGAAACUACGUGCAAGCUUUCUGAAGUUAACAUGCUGCUGUUAAUUCUGAACGAUUUCUAAGUCAGUGGUUUUCUUCUGUUUGGUUUUGCUUUGUUUUCAUGUCAGGGAAUAAGGCUCUGUUGCUCUAUGGCUCCAGAGCAACCAAGUAGAAAACUGCCAGCUGUCUGAUAAGUGCUUUACUUUUGGGGCUCCACAGUGGUCAAGAAAUAGUUUAUAAUGAUUAAAAACAAAAAUAAACAAAGAAAUAACUGAGACCUUUUGGGGGUCAGGAUGGGGAAAGGGGUAACAGAAACUAAUAAUUGAACCUACUGGAAAUAAGCAGCAGAAACAGUGCUUCUUAAUCCCGCUGGUUUUAUUUAUCGCACUGUAGGUGCUUUUAUAGCUAUCUCUAAACAUCUUUUACUAACGACGGAGACAUCUGCAGAUUUCUAUGAACAAAGGCCAACUGAAUAUGUACUAGCUAUGUUUACUCUUUUAUAUCUGAUUUCAACUAAAAAUUCUCUGUAAGUGAGCUUUUUUUUUCCUAAUUGCACCAUAAGGGAUCCACAUAUUUUAUUUCUCAAUUUUGGUUGGAGAGGGCAGGGAGGGACUAGUUGAGUUGAAGAAAUACUGAAGACCUUUUUGUGGUAUAUUUGGGGGAUCUGUUGUGUGUUAGAAUGUGUAUUUUAUCUUCCUGUAUUAUUGUGGCUGAAAAAAAACCCCUCUGUGCUGUUACGUAGUUGGCAACAAGAUGCCUUUGGGAAUUUUGCUAGUAGGUCAAUGUGUAUAUGAAAUACUCUGAACUCCUAGGAACAUAUGUUUUAUUCUACAUCUGAUCUGUAUUUUCAAGAACGUAGAUGGCUUUCACUAGGAAAACCCAAUAUUUUGCUCAGGUUUUUCGGAAACUUGGAUUGUCAUUGUUUCUUUGCUCAGACCUUGCGUAGACAAACGCACGCACCUACCACACCUGAGGUGACCACGUAGCUUUUGAGGGCAAGAGGGAAGGUCAGCUCUUGGAAAUGCUCAAGGCACCCCUGAGCAAGUCCCCUUUCCCUGCUGGCCAAACCCUUGUUCCAGAGGCCUGUGAGCUCACACCACUCACCCAUCCCUGUACAAGCCAGUGCCCUUUGCUGUGUCUGCAUGGAUGUACAGUGUCACAAGCAGCAACUCUGGACAACGACAGAGGAACAGGCAUUCACCAGUGAAAACAAGAUACGGGACACAUUCAGGAGCUAUAC